AUGAGUGUGAGCAUCAAGGUCGCGGUUCGGUGCAGGCCUUUCACAAUUGACGACAAUUUGGGCGUAAAUUUAACGCAGUCCGGGGAAGAAGAGGGCGAGAUCGAUAUCCUCAACUCAGCCUACUCAACGACGAGGUUCGCCUUUACAUACGCCUGGUGGUCAGCAUAUGGCUUUUCCCGCCAUGUCAAGAAUAACGCCACUGAAGCGGCUGAAAUGGAACUUAUCGACCAGGAGAAGGUGUAUUUAUCGGUCGGGAAGAAAAUCAAGGCCGACCUGCUCACGGGUAAUGCCGUCGUGUUGUUCGCCUACGGACUGUCUGGGUCAGGCAAGACCUUCACGGUGUUCGGACCGGACGCGGUAGACGAGCCCGAGGCCUGGUUCAAACAUGGCGAGCCUCAUCCGUUAUGGGGGAUUUUUCCAAGACUCGCCUACGAGGUAUUCCAAGAGAAAAAGGACGGCUGGAAAAUCACCAUGAAGUACUUUCAAAAUGUGGUUGAUACCGUCCGAGAUCUGAUGAGUCCCGUUGGUAAGGAGAUGCACUAUAAGAACGGGAUGAAAAAGGACGCGGAUGGAUUCACCGACAUUGACUGGUGCAGUAGUGCCGUUCUAAACAGCUGGGACGAUCUUCGACAAGCCUUCAGGGCCGCCAACGCGCGAAAAGCCAUAGCACCCACGCAGUUUAAUCACCAGAGUACACGAGGGCACUGCAUCAUGACGCUAGAGGUGGAAAUGCCACACCCAGACAUGCCGGGCAUGAAACAGAAGGGAAGAGUAUACGUGUGCGAUUUGGCCGGGACUGAGCCAGCGGGCGACAUCGUGUACGCUUUGUACGAGAAAAAGACAUUUGACGGCGGCGAUAUCGAGUAUAAGUUUCUCGGGCCGCACCAGGACCAACGCAAGACGAAGGAGUUGCAAGACCAGGGCAAGAAAAUUAACCUCUCCCUCAGCGAGGUACAGAUGGCCCAGUUUUUCAUGAAAAUGGCGGAGGCUGUCCAGAAGAACACUCUCAAGCCAGGAGGGUCGAUCCCCGGGUGUAACUCGUAUUUCUUGUGCAAGUAUCUCAAGGACACAAUGCUUCAGGCUAGGACGUACCUUUUUUGCGCUAUUCGACCCGAGGUAACCUACCACAAGUACACCUUUGCAACACUGGGAUUCGCAAAGAACGCUUCGGUGGUAAAACUGAAGCCCAAGAUGGCCACGGUGAAGGCGACACUGGCAGAGAAAAAACUCAUGGAGGAACUGGAGCAAAUGAAGGCGCUGGUGGAGCAACUUCGACAGCAGCAGCUUGAGCUUGCACAGGCACCCGUGCCACAACCACGACCGACCGAAGAGCAAUUUGCACCGGAACCGGUUCCGGAAACGACGGAUGCGGUACCAGCUACGGCAGAGGGAGAAGAAACACCGCCUGCUGCUGCACCGGAAAGUGGAGAGGACCCGAGAGAUGGGUCCGGGGGUACGAAAGUGGAGGUGCCGGAGACUGAAACGGGGGAAGUCACAACGGGGGAUGAACCGGCUGCCGCCGCACAAGAUUUGGAAGAAUCCCGCAAACGACGAGAAUCGAUUAAGAACAACCACGAGCAGGUUAGCCGACUCCAGGAGAUGCUCGAAGCGAAGCAGCUGCAGCUGCGAGAUGUAUUGAGUGGGGGCGGGGAGGGAAAAACAGGUCCGACACCAGAAGAGCGACAGCUCGAGCAGCAGAAGGAGGAAUACGGCCGGAGAGGAAUCAGCCUGAGCCACUUCGAUGCCGACACGCGCCUGCCGCACCUGGUGAAUGUCGACGAGGACCCGUUUCGACACAACCGUUUCGUCUACCUCCUCAAGAAGCGGGUUACCGUCUUUGGACCGCAAGGCGACGUUCAACCCAUGUCGCUCAGUGUCCAGCGCAAACACUGCACUGUGGAAGUGAAGAAAGCUGCAGAAAAGGGCGAGAAGGGCACAGUCACCCUCGUUGGAGGUAGGGGCGAAGUACUGCACAACGGGAGGCGAGUGCGCAAACAAGAACAGGUCGUUCUGGCGCUGUACGAUCGAGUCGCCAUCGGAGGCGAGCUUCUCCUCUUCAAGUGGAAAGCGCUCGAGACGCCGAAGGCGGGCCCUCCUCCCACCGCCGAAGAAGCCGUGAUGGAGUUUAAGAAAGCCAUGCAGGCCCGAAGCGGGCGGCGUCGGUCCGCAGAGAUGCAUGCCAUGGAGGAGCAGCUGAAAGAUUUACAGAUUGCCAAGGCCAAGGCAGAGGAAGAAGCCAAGAGUGUCACCAAGGAGAGGAAGGGAGAGGAAGAAAAAGAAACGUCUUUGCUGUUCAGCGCAGAGCCUCUCGACGACGAGCAGAUCGCUUCGGUGAUUCGAUCGGCGGAAGACGAGGUCCAAAUGCUCUUGCCCCACGUGAAAGAGGCGGAGCAGUUCAUGCAGCUCUUCGGACGGGACUACCUGACGUUCGACGUCAGCCUGCAGCGCUCACAGGGGGAUACAUUCGAGGUAGCCGCAAGCGUGCAGGUGAGGAACGAGCGAACGGGGCAGGGCUGCUACCUGUCAUCCUUCGAGUUCCUGGAGCAACACUCGAUAUUCAAAGACGAGGUUGCCCAACUCCAAGCGGCUCUGGACAACGGACGAGAGUACAUGGUCUCGGAGGAGCACGACCCUUGCCUGUUGCUCUUGCAGGGCACACACCAACUGGGAGCGGCCACCCUUUUCACGGAACCCAUCGUCUACAUGAUGGCGACGGAGGACGAAGAGCGGUUUUCGGUUAUAAAAAACGUUCGGGCACCAUACGGCGAAGUUGGCAAACUGGAGAGCUCGUGGUACCCCCUGGUGCUGGAUGCGGACGGAAGAACCGUCGACCCUGAGGCGGACGACGGCUGCGAUGUCGAUCUCCCGGAGAUCGAUUCGCCCAAGGACCUGAUUGGACUGCCUUGGGCAUACCGCUUCGACAUAAAGGCCGGGUACAACCUACCGCUCACGUGUGCUUCGGCGUACUGUCAGUACGACCUUUUGGGUGAAACAUUCACAACUGAAACUGUUCAGCCAGACCCGGCGUCAAAUUCACCGGCACUCAACUACUCCUUUGUGCACAGGGUGGACAAGGUUACCCCAGAGGUCGUUGACCAGUUGUCCAAGCCGCUCAACGUGUACUUGUACGUCGGUCCUCACGUCGAACCGGAGAAGCCCGAGGACACCAUCACCACGAAAAAUCCGGGUUUGUCGGCUAGAUUCGAGUCCCUGUGCCGUCCGAGCACGCCCGUUCCUACGGCAUCGCCCGCUGGCCGUGGCGGUGGCGGCAGAGGAGACCCCGCCAACAGAGGCGUUUCGCCUACACAACACCGGGGCAGCGGGGGGAUUAUUGAAGGGGCAGAUCUCGGUGCACCGUCGUCUUGGGGUUUCGCGGCUGCAGACUUUGCUGGUUCUGGUGCCGAGUCGGGGGGAGACGUUGUCGCAGCUGAGGGAGGGGGGGGCGGGGCGGCGACGGCAAUGACGUCGGAGGUAGCCAAAUUGACGGAAGAGAACGCCUCGCUCAAGAAAGAACUGCUCAGAGCUCGAGCAGAGAUUAAGAGAUUAACCAAAGAAGCCCGCGGCGGCAACGCCGGGGCACAGGCACCCGGCGGCAGUGGCAGCAUCGGUGGAGGGGGAGGGGUCGCCACCAGUGCGAGCACGGGGACGUUGGAGGAUGGCAGACAAAAGGACGUAGACGGAGUGAACGCUUCACAGGUUGACGGGGGUGGGAGAAAAGGGAGGAAAUCACGUACCCCUCGAGAAUCAAGGAGUCGGAGGAAAAUCAAUGACGCCAUCGACACAGCUAGGGUCACAGAUGCAGUUGUGGAAGCUACAGUCGGGGGUGGGUUGGCAGAUCCCUUGAGACCAGACUCAGGGCGUUCUACCGAGGUUGGGUAG